AUGAAGUUAAUAGAUGGCACUUCCAUCGCAUCUAGUAACCGUGGAACGCCUAUCAUUGGACUGUGUCUUGCGAUGGACGGAUUCAUCUCGCUGGCAGAGCGAUUCUUUGACGAUCCUGAAUCUGGAAUGACGUACUUUCUUCCAUACCGUCUUAGUCAAGACCACCUAGAACUGCACUUCGCCAAGAUUCGUGGCAGAGGCCAUGGGGAAAAAGUAAAAGUAGAUGCAGAAUUACAUGAAGAUGAACAUGACCCAACAGAGGAUAACAUCAGUGACAACUCAUACGUUGAUUCUUCAGAUGAAGAUGAGAACGAAACCACGGACAACACCGACGCUGGACUUAGUACAUACCAGGAAAACAUUUCAGCUUAUAUUGCAGGGUUUGCUGUGAAGAAGAUACAAAGUAAAUGUAAUUACUGUGAAGAAUGCAAAGCAGCAUUAGUCGAUAAGGAGAAACAGUACCAAGACCAGCGUCUUCAGCUAAUCCGCAUGAAGGACAAUGGAGGCCUGAUUUGUCCAUCAGAGUCAGUGCUGGCCAUAGCACUUGUAGCCGAGAUGGUCAUUCGGAAAGGAGGAAGCAAACCUUCAACUGGAAAAAAUAAGAGAAAAAAUAAGUACAAAAGUGGUCAAUCUCUUGAAUCAUAGAAUUUUUUCCCUGACCACAAUAAUCAUGUAUUAGAGCUAAUUACUGAUGUGAUUAAGUAUUAUCUGAUUUCAAGGUUGAAGUAUGUUGCUUCGUCAUUCUCAAUGGAUAUUCGUGGUCAAAAAAUUAGAAAUCACCUGUCCAGAAUGGCAACAUUUCAGAAUCAGUGAAAUGUGAAGUUUUGUAAGGCUUUGUACAUUAAUGGUCAGCUAGUGCAGAUACUAACAUACAUGUAUUGGCAAGUCCAAGAAAAGGUCACCUGAGAAGGCAAAAUUUCAUCUUUAAUUUAAGAAGUUAUCUUUGGUGGGGUAAGAAUGCCCAAAUGUUGAAUUCUAAAAU